GUUGCCAGGGGAACGGGCCCAGCUCCUGAAGAGUUCAAUCCCGCCUCGGCCUGGCCGGGGCCGUACAUCCAGUCCGCUCCAGCCGGUGUCCUAGGACUUGCCGGCCCAGCCUUCGUCGCGCGGCCCGGGAUGGGGCCCCCUCCGGGCUGCGCCGCCGCCUGGUCCCGGGGACCAUCUCCGCUGUGAGGGUCUGAAGUACAGCCACCGUAGGAGAGUGGACCGCCAGGCGCGGGGGCUGAACUACUGGGUGACCUUGGCAGGGCCGAUCUGGUUCGGUCGACGCGACGCGCAGAUGAUUUCAAGUCACCAAACAUUUACUGAGCACCUACUAUGUACAAGAUGAAUGUCUGCAACAAGCCCCCCAACAAGACGGCCCCUGAGAAGAGUGUGUGGACGGCGCCCGAACAGGCCAGCAGACCCUCCCUGGAGCUGCAGGGCCAGCGGUCCCGCCGGAAUGGGUGGAGCUGGCCCCCUCACCCGCUCCAGAUUGUGGCUUGGCUGUUGUACCUCUUCUUCGCUGUGAUCGGCUUUGGGGUUCUUGUUCCCCUCCUGCCUCACCACUGGGUGCUCGCUGGCUAUGCUUGCAUGGGCGCCAUCUUUGCUGGCCAUCUUGUGGUUCACCUGACUGCUGUCUCCAUCGAUCCAGCAGAUGCCAAUGUGCGGGACAAAAGCUAUGCAGGGCCCUUGCCCAUUUUCAACCGCAGCCAACACGCACAUGUCAUUGAAGACCUGCAUUGCAACUUAUGCGACGUAGACGAGCGCUCGCUCCAAGCACUGCAGCGCCUGCAACAAGUGCGUGUGCGGUUUCGACCACCACUGCAAGUGGCUCAACAACUGCGUGGGCGAGAGGAACUACAGCUGCCCACGGCUGGGCCCAGGCUCUUUCUACACAGUGUGGCAUCUGCUUUACUGGGUGUCCUGCUCCUCGUGCUGGUGGCCACUUAUGUCUUUGUGGAGUUCUUUGUCAACCCUAUGCGGCUGCGCACCAAUCACCACUUUGAAGUCUGCCUGUGCCUUGCAGUGUUGAAGAAUCACACAGAUGUGUGGUUUGUGUUCCUGCCCGCUGCCCCUGUGGAGACCCAGGCUCCUGCCAUCCUGGCCCUGGCUGCCCUACUCAUCCUUCUGGGCCUGCUUUCCACAGCCCUGCUUGGUCACCUGCUCUGCUUCCACAUUUAUCUCAUGUGGCACAAGCUCACCACCUAUGAGUACAUCGUGCAGCAUCGCCUGCCACAGGAGGCAAAGGGGGCCCACAGGGAGCUCGAGUCAUGUCCCCCCAAGAUGCGGCCCAUUCAGGAGAUGGAGUUCUACAUGCGGACAUUCAGUCAUGUGCGCCCAGAACCACCUGGCCAAGCCAGGCCUGCCACAGUGAAUGCCAAAAAAAUAGGAAGCGGCGUGUGUGUAAGGUGCCAACCUCUGGGACCUUGGAUCGGGAAUCGCAGCUGCCCAGGCUUCCGGGGCCCCGGGGCCCAGGUCGCUGCUCCAGCUCACCAUCAGAUUCCCCGGACGCCAGCCCAGUGCAUGCCGCUGGGCCUGCAGGCGCCUACCACUCGGCGUCCGCCGAGUCCAUGGACGAGAUUCCAGUGGCGCAGACACGCCUCGGCAGCGCUGCUCUGGCCACCCUUGGGGGCAAGGGCAGAGAGCCAGGGCUGGCACUGCAGGUGCGUGCGCCUGCUGUUUUCGUUAGCCCGAGCAGCGGCGAGCCUGGGGCGCGGGGUGGUCCAGAGACCAGCCUGCCUUAGCAGGGCAGAGAGAGGCAGGAGGGCCAAGGAGGACCGGCCAGCCCGACUCUCUAUGCAACACCCCCACCCUCACCAUACAGAGUGCACUUUAGGGGCCCCUACGGCCAGCGGCAUGGGUCCCCUUCUCCCAUGACUCAGCAAUACCCAACCCCCCCACCGGCCAUGAUGCUCCAAUAAACUUUUUUUUAAUGCUUU